CGUGGAGCUCUGCGGCGGCUCCCGCGCGUUCCCCGCGGCCCGCGGAGCUGGCGACGCUUUCCGAAGUUUGCCCGGAGCCGCGGGAUGGCGGGCGCCGCCCACUGCUCUCUGCAGGCCAAGCGCCUGCUCCUGGACCCCAAGUUCGAGGGGUACAAGCUGUCGCUGGAGCCGCUGGCCUGCUACCAGCUGGGGCUGGACGCGGCUGUAGCAGAAGUGCAACUUCAUGAUGAUCAAUAUACCCUUGACCACAUGCGUGCUUUUGGCAUGUAUAAUUAUCUUCACCUUGAUUCCUGGUACCAGGAUAAUGUCUACUAUGUUGAUCAGUUUGGAAGGGUUAUGAAUCUGUCAGUGACUCUGGACACUGCUCUACAAAAACCAAGAGAAGUUUUCAGGCUGCCUUCAGACUUGACUGCGUGUGAUAAUCGCCUUUGUGCCUCGAUACACUUCUCAUCCCCCACACAGGUGACCCUUUCUGAUGGUACAGGAAGACUGUAUUUAAUUAAAUCAGGCAAACGUGGAAACAGUGCAUCUGAAAAGUGGGAGAUUCUGUUUAAUGAAGAACUAGGGAGUCCAUUUAUUACAGCACACAGUGUUUCAUUUGUAAAAUCUGAUAUAAAUUCACUAGCUGUGCUGCUGCUUAGGGUAGAAAAAGAUGAAUUGGACACAAAAGGAAGCGGAUUUCAUGUUACCUUGGAAUGGGUUACGAUUGCAGAGAUAAGCAAAGAGGGUGUUCAUAAAUAUGAAAUCAUUAAAAGGAGAGUUUUACAAGGAAAAUCAGUCCCCCAUUAUGCAGCAAUAGAGCAAAGUGGAGAUGGUCUAAUGAUUGUUUCCCACAAACCAUUCAAAUUUAUGGAAAGUGAAAGUGACAAAUUAGAAGAAAAUGAUGAUACAAAAAUAUUAAAUGAAAAGAAAGACCCUCUUUAUUACUGGCAGCAGACUGAAGAUGAUGUGACCAUAACAGUUCAUCUGCCUCAAGACAUCACUAAAGAUGACGUAAAAGUACGUUUUUCUCCUGAUAACAUAUGUGUUACGCUGAGAGACCAGCCUCCUUUAAUGGAAGGAAAGCUCUGUUCAUCUGUGGACCAUGAAAGCUGCACAUGGAUAAUUAGAGAGAACAAAAGUUUGGAAAUUUCUCUAAUUAAGAAAAAUGAGGGAUCCCGGUGGCCAGAGCUAAUAGUUGGUGACACAAGAGGGGAAUUCAUUAUGGACCCUUCCCAAUGCUCCGAAAUAGCUGAAAGCCUGAUGCAUCUGACUUCUGAAGUAAUGAAUCCAAACCCUGAAAAGGAAAAACCACCUUGUAAUGCUCAGGAAUUAGAAGAAUGUGAUGCUUUUCUUGAAGAUGGCGCAAGCUUGUGCAGAUUUGAUGGCGAUACCUUGAAAGUCACUCAUAUAAUUAAUCUUGGAAGCAACCAGUAUCUUUUCUCAGUUGUUGUGAAUCCCAGAGAAAUGCCAUGCUUCUGCCUGAGACAUGAUGUUGAUGCUCUUCUCUGGCAACCUCACUCUGACCAACCAGAGAACAUGUGGGAACACAUUGCAACUUUUAAUGCUUUAGGUUAUGUCCAAGCAUCAAAGCAAGACAAGAAGUUCAUGGCUUGUGCUCCAGAUUACUCCUACGCUGCUCUUUGCGAGUGCUUGCGACGAGUUUUCAUCUAUCGUCAGCCGACUCCUCUGGCCACAGUUCUCUACAACAGGAAGGAAGGAAGACAAGUAGGACAGGUUGCUAAGCAGCUAGUAGCAACCCUGGAAUCAAAUGAUCCUAUCUUAGGCUUUCAAGCUACAAAUGAGAGAUUAUUUGUUCUCACAACAAAAACCUUGUUUUUAAUAAAGGUGAACUCUGGAAAUUAAUUAUUCAGUGUGCUCUGCUGUAGUUUGUGUUAACAAUUUAUUGUAGAACUGGAUAGGCAGAUGAUCUGACAAGUUCAGUGCAAUUUGCUGAAAUUCAAAAAGGGGAUGUUUUACAGGGGAAUCUAAUUUUUUCGUUAGAAUAUGUCUGUAAGAUAGCGACAAAGUUUUUCGACUUUGCUGCCACUGAAAUAAGCUUUUUCAGAGCUAUGGGAAAGUGUCUUCUGCAUCAACAGCUUUGUCAAAGCAAUUGUCAGAGACUGCUACUGCACAUGUGAAUAGGUUUAUGCACUGUUUGUUCCAAUUGACUUUGUUUGCCAUAAUUCUGAAUUUUGAGAAUUCACUUCUGUUUUUAAAUGCCACUGUUUACCUAUGAAAAAAGUAGUCAGAUGAAGAGUUACAAGCAUAUGAUGUGGAAAGUAGAAUGUAUCAUUAAAAAAAAAAUCCCCAAUUCAAAUACUCUUGACCAAAAACUUUUGAUACUUUGACAUUCAGUAGUAUUGAGUAAAAUGUGAAUGAAAUGAAUGGAGUGUUAUGGAUCUUAUACAGGACUUCAGUGGAGCAAUUUCAUGGCAUGUGCGCAUUUUAGAUUAUUGGUUUGGGACUUACUUAUACUUGCAGUGCAAUCUGUUCAUAUUUUAAGAGACACUAGAAUACCUUCUAGUAGUUUUUUCCAGAAGCAAAGUAAGGGUCAAUGUAUAGCUGGCAAAUACACAUUGAAUGCUAUUAGUUAAGGUCUGGUUAUACUCUCAGUUGUGCCAUUUUCAUUUGACUUUGUACUUCAUCUCAAGUGAGUCAUUUACAAUGAGAAAAUGGCUGACAGAAAAAGCACCAAUAAUGUAAAAAGCACUGGUAUUGUAACCUGGGAUGGGAAACUCAGAAGUGCUACUUCUGCCUCUGAUCCCACUGUAAAUGCUGUGUUAUUACUUAACCAUUCUGUCUGUGAUGCUCAAGUCCAGGUGUGGUAUAUUUGCAACGUAAGAGUACUCAGGCCAGUGAGGAUGCUUUGGUUUAACAAACUGCUGUGGUUGAGUUGAAUAGUUGUAUCUGAAGAUUUUUGGUUUUGUUUUUUUUUUUCUUUAAAUUGGCAUUGUCAAUACAUUUAAACCAAAGGGUCAGUUGUGACAGCUCCACCCUGGGUUGGGUUUUUUUUCAAAGAAU